UCCACAGAGCUAGCUACUGUUCGGUUCCGUUCGGUCGCGCAGUAAGGGAUUAGCCAGGUCGGACGGACGCAGGCUGUUGACCAACAGGAAGAAGAGGCAUGGCGACCGGUGCUUUCAACGCCAAUGCCCGCAACUUUCGGCCUUUAACCCUAUUGCAACAUCCCGCCCGCACACGCCUACAUUACACAGACAUCGACGAAUGGUUGGACUCGAUCACCGGCUGCUCCGCUCCACUGACGAAGCACAACUGGGUCGACGGUCCCUGCGAGAAACGCGACGAUCCCACCAGCUGGAUCACCGAUAAGCCAGACACCGAUAUCGAUACCUUUUACAACGUCGCAGUUGGCCUGCUGCUACAGAACGACCGUCUUCGUUACCGGCCGGAGCUGCUAAAGUUCCUCACCGAGGCAGCGCCGCAUGCGCUGUGGGCUGUCUUCUGUAGCCCUUGGGCCUGGUCAUGGGAAGCGUACGACUGGGGCAUGGAAUGGGAAUUAGUGUUGCGAAAAUGCGCUUGGAUCUUCAACGGCUAUCCUGUCGACCAAUACGCCGUCUGCAUUCCGACCACUCCAGACACAACGGGAGAAUUCGCCAUCCACUGGGAUAUUCCGUACCGUUGCUACUUCAAACCGGGGAAUGGCCGGGUGGAGGGGUUCAACGUCACCUUUGCGAAGCUUCGCAUAUGGACUUUGAAGACGGACAAAUCCCUGAUAUCCAACUCCACCUGGAAUGGAGUCACGAUUACGAACUGUAUAUUCAUGCGAUGCUCGUUCCGCAAUACGACCUUCACCAACGUUCAUUUUCUCGACUGCACCUUUACCGAUGUGGACUUCUGCGACGUUACCAUUACGAAUUCGCUCAUUGCGAACACCAACAUUGACGGGACAUCAAUCAGGAACUCCAGGUUCGACAGUGCCAGCUGGUGCUACAACAAAUUCGUUCGCUGCGUUAUAGACGACGUGCGAUCUAUCAAGUCGAACUGGACCCAGAUUUGGUACACGGGCAUGAACAUCUUCGACUACACGGAGUCGGAGCGAUCGGAGAAUUGGGUGGGGAAUAUGGCGAAUGAGAGCACUUGCUAGGCGUCCCUCCUAUGGAACGCGGAUUACCCCUACGAUGUGUAUCUAUGUCUGGCAUAGAAAGGCAACUAAUCAGGGGUCAACGAGGCCUGUAGCGCAUUCGAACAGCCUCUCGCGGGACGAAAUAUACCAGCUUGUGAUGUGCACUGCGCCCACAGCCCCCCGUGUCCAAGACCGCUGACCGGGAGUCGUUUUCGCCACUUGGCGCCGUUGUCUAGAGCGAUUC